UUCUUCUGGGUAACAACUGGGAUUAUUGAUCAACACCACAGCCGUUUGGCUAUAAAAUGUGCUUUGCACAGUUUUCAGUUAUUUUCUUUUGAAACUAUCCAGUCUGUUUCUACUUGAUCUUCAAAAGUUGGAUUCGAACCGUUGCGGGACUUGUAAGGAACUUUGGACCUGCCUUACAGGGAUAAAAAAGGUUUUAUUCUAUAAUGUGUUUUGCAGAAAUUAAACAACGUCUGCCGUUUGCGCUCAAAUGCACUAGCUUUUUCAGGCGCGUGAAUAAGCAGCCGUGUUCAUCCGCUCCUAAACAACCCAGACUCGUUCACGCGGUGCGACUCUCUGGUGCGGGCGCGUAGUUCCUCCUCGGAUUCAUCGUCGUUCAUUUUCCCUCUUUUUCGAUUUGUUUCAUCUGCGGAGAAGAUGCAUUUUCUUUUUUAAAUAAAGUAACUGCAAGGUACCUGCUCCAAUUAGUUGCUUGAAAUGCUAUUUUUAUUGCCAUUUAAUGUGCAUGGUCCAUCGUCGGUAUCUUCUAAAUCAUUCCCGAAGCUGUAGAGCGAACUUUUCGAAUACGGAUAUUUUUAUUUAUUUAUUUUUGGCACCCAUGACCGAAACAAUGGCGUUAAGUGGAAACUCUAGAGCUAAAGACAGCAGUUUUCCAGACGUUAUUGAACUAAACGUCGGGGGGCAAGUGUAUUAUACCCGUCACGCCACGUUAAUCAGCAACCCCGGCUCCCUUUUGGGGAAGAUAUUCUCUCCUAAAAAUAACGCAUCGAAUGAUCUGGCCAGGGACCCCAAAGGUCGUUACUUCAUCGACCGGGAUGGGUUUUUGUUCAGAUAUGUGUUAGACUACCUCAGAGACAAGCAAGUUGUCCUCCCUGACCACUUCCCUGAGAAGGGACGGCUGAGGAAAGAAGCGGAGUACUUUCAAUUGCCAGACUUGGUUAAACUCUUAACCCCGGACGACUUGAAGCCCAGUCCCGAUGAAUACAUCCACAGCGAUUACGAGGACGGCUCUCAAGGAAGCGAUCAGCGGAUGUGCCCUCCACCGUCGCUCGUUCCCGCCGACAGAAAAAGCGGGUUCAUCACAGUCGGAUAUCGCGGGUCUUGUACGAUGGGCAGGGAGAGUCAAAGCGACGCCAAAUUCCGGAGGGUGCCGCGGAUUAUGAUUUGUGGGAGGAUUGCGCUGGCCAAAGAAGUUUUUGGCGAGACCUUGAACGAGAGCAGGGACCCAGACAGGACCCCUGACAGAUACACAUCCCGCUUUUACCUCAAGUUCAAGCACCUGGAGCGCUCUUUCGACAUGCUCUCGGAGUGCGGCUUCCAGAUGGUCGCCUGUAACUCGUCAGUGACGGCCUCGUUCGUCAGCCAGCAUACUGACGACAAGAUAUGGUCAAGUUACACUGAGUACGUCUUUUACCGUGGCCCAUCUCAAUGGUCAUCUCCACCUUGCGACUGCUGCUGCAAAAGUCACAAAGGUGAAGGUGAAGGUGAGAGUGGAACCUCUUUCAACGAACUCUCCACCUCCAGCUCAGAGAGCCAUUCCGAGGCCAGCUCCCCGCAAGGUACUGUCAUCCGUGGCCCAGUCAGUCGACAGACACACGUGCAAACAUUGGACAGGCCUCCCAAGAAGGGCCCCGUUCAGCAUCUCCUGCAGCAACAGCAGUCCGAGCAGCGUCGUAAGAGCGACCUUCUCCGGAGUCUCACCGCAAGUUCCCGGGACACCAGCACCUGCAAGAAGCGGCCAGUGAAAGAAAAGUUGACUGUGGAAGAGGAGCUGGAGAAGUGCAUCAAGGACUUCCGCAAGAUCAAGAUUCCCGAGCAGUUUCCCGAGCGCAAGUACAUGUGGCAAGCCGACCUCCUGCGCAAAUACCGUCUUUGAGGGCCACGGUGGCCUUCAAAACUAACAGUGCAAGCUUCAAUAACAUAUGUGUCCACUACUACAACUAAUAUUGCUAGUACACACCACACUACUACUGCCUCUGACUUUGUUGUCAAUGUCAGUCAAUAACCCGAGUGACCACUUCAUCUGCUCAGAUGCUAAUUGUUUACUUGUAAACACAUUUUUGUAGAGUUCCAGAGAGACGCAAGUGUUUUCGAAAGAUGCACAACUACUUGUCUCUUUGGCUUCGGCCUCCCUGGCUGAGCUAUACUUUGUGUGUAAUUGUGUAUUUGUUACAACUGAAUUUCUGACCUCGGUAUGUUAGUGCAACAGCGACUGAGUUGAGGUGACCCAGAGGUUGAAAGAUGAAUGUGUAUCCACCUCAUCAAUAAUGCAUGUGGUCCCAACUGUGCCCUUUCUUAAAGUAGCCACUGCCUUGGCGGAUGUGAGAGUGGGUUUCCAUUUCAACACUCAAGCACAGAAGAACACAGAGCCAAACGUGUUUUCCAUUUUUUGGAUUCUCCAUGU